AUGUUUCUCCUGUUAACGUUCGAGUGUUUUACAUUAUUUCUGGACACAGUUCAAACUCUAGUAAAAUAUUUGAUUCAUCUAGGGGAUCUAUAUAGACAGGGAGUUUGGGAAUCAAAAGGUCUUUUUUUGUAUUACACGGAAUUUGUUACCGAUUCUUUAAUACUUGUCGCUACUUUGGGUCACUAUUUGCACAUUAUGAUUCUUCAUGGCGUUUCAUUUACUUUGAUUGAUGCCGUGUUGUUUCUGAAUAUGCGUAGCGUGUUCAAUAAUCUUAGGAGAAAAAUUUCUGCGUACUAUAAUUACAGACAAGCCAUCACUAAUAUGCAAACUCAAUAUCCGGAUGCGACAGAAUCAGAACUGGAAGAGUAUAAUGACGAUUGUGCGAUAUGCAGAGAUUCAAUGUCUUGUGCCAAGAAACUGCCAUGCGGACACAUGUUUCAUUUGUAUUCAAGUUCUGAUCCUUUAGAUGAUGAUUCUUCUCCAAGUCAACCAAUAGUCAGCACUUCUAUAAAAGAGAACUUAAGAAGCGGGUGA